AUGUAAUUAAUAGCUGUGUUAAUUGCUGCAUAUAAUCCAAUUGAAAAGAAAGUUAUUAUGCUUACAAGAUAUUAUGAAUUGAAUUCAGUAGGAAUAUUCUAUAGAAAUACUGUGAAAGAUUCUAUGAAAUUUGUUUGUAGAGAAUCAGUGAUUGGACUUGACAAAGGAACUAGGUAAUAAAUUAAAUUUAUUUGAAGACAUUCAGUGUUACAUGAAGAUAAAUAUUGUCACAUAUAAAUGAGUUAUGGAAAUGAUAAAUUAGGAGCAUAUGCAUUUUGUGAUUAAGAUUAUCCUAAAAGAAUAGCAUUUGCAUUUUUAAAUGCAGUUUUAUAAGCAUUUUAAAAGAAAGUAGGUGAUGAAUGGAAAAAGUAUAAAGAAGAUGAAAGUAUAGAAGUUCCAGAAAUAAAGCAAGUAUUAAUAUGAAGUUAACAUAAAGUUAUUUUAAGAGUAUUAAGAUCCAAAGAAUGUUGAUAAAGUUCUAUUAGCAUAAACAAAAGUAGAUGAAACUAACAUAAUUUUACAUGAGAAUAUAAAAAAAUUAUUAGAAAGAUAAGGUGAUUUAGAUUAAUUAGUUGCUAAGAGUAAUGAUUUAUCAGCUGGUGCAAAAAUGUUCUAUAAAUAAUCUAAAGAUAUGAAUAAAAAGAGCUGUUGUGAAAUUUUUUGAAUUUUUCAUAUUAUUGAAAAG